AUGAGCGCCGAUCCAGAGCGGGAGCACGCGCUCGAAGAAUACAAGAACAAACUCUUAGAAUCACGCGAAUGGGAGGCCAAGUUGAAGGCAUUACGAUUAGAGAUCAAGGGCCUACAACACGACUUUGAUGUCUCGGAGGACAACAUCAAAGCAUUACAGAGUGUCGGGCAGAUCAUCGGCGAGGUGCUCAAGCAGCUGGACGAGGAGCGGUUCAUAGUCAAGGCCUCGUCGGGGCCUAGAUAUGUCGUCGGAUGUCGAUCAAAGGUCGACAAGGCCAAACUGAAGCAAGGCACGCGAGUGGCGCUGGACAUGACGACGCUCACAAUCAUGCGCAUGCUUCCGCGAGAGGUGGACCCGUUGGUGUACAACAUGUCGUUGGAGGAUCCGGGACAGGUGUCGUUCGCGGGAAUCGGCGGUUUGAACGAGCAAAUCCGAGAGCUAAGAGAGGUGAUUGAGUUACCGCUGAAGAACCCGGAACUGUUCAUGCGAGUCGGUAUCAAGCCUCCGAAAGGUGUGCUGUUAUAUGGUCCUCCUGGUACCGGCAAGACGCUUCUUGCUCGAGCAGUGGCGAGCUCGUUGGAGACCAACUUCCUCAAAGUCGUCUCCUCCGCCAUCGUCGACAAAUACAUCGGUGAAUCCGCUCGUCUCAUUCGCGAAAUGUUCGGAUACGCAAAAGAGCACGAACCUUGCAUCAUCUUCAUGGACGAAAUCGACGCCAUCGGCGGCCGACGUUUCUCGGAGGGAACCAGCGCCGACCGUGAGAUCCAACGUACGCUGAUGGAACUGCUCAACCAGCUCGACGGUUUCGACUACCUCGGAAAGACCAAGAUCAUCAUGGCGACGAAUCGACCGGAUACCCUCGACCCGGCGUUGCUGCGUGCUGGGCGACUCGACCGAAAGAUCGAGAUCGGCCUCCCCAACGAAGCAGGACGACUGGAGGUGCUCAAGAUCCACGCUGCGGGUGUGCAAAAGGAGGGAGAGAUUGACUUUGAGAGUGUGGUGAAGAUGAGCGAUGGGUUGAACGGUGCGGAUCUGCGAAACGUGGUCACGGAGGCAGGUCUGUUGGCUAUCAAGGACUACCGCGAUGCCAUCAGCCAGGACGAUUUCAACAAGGCGGUCCGGAAGGUCACGGAGACGAAAAAGCUGGAGGGCAAGUUGGAGUACCAGAAACUGUGA